UAUAUGAGGACAAAACUAAAAACUGAAAAGUGGGAGGAAAUCGCUAAAGAAAUCGGAAUGAAAAGUGGAUCUGAAGCAAAGGCGUUGUGGGAAAAACUACGACAUUCAUUGAGAGAUGCGAUUCGAAGGCAACAAAAAUGUUUCAAAAGUGGAGCAGCUGCAGAAACUAUCAAAGAAUGGAAAUUUCAAAAACAGAUGGGAUUUCUGCAGCCUUAUAUGGUCAAUAAAUCAAGAGAAGGAAACCUCCGACAAGACGAUGAAACUGAAAACCUAUCACAAGAUUUUGAAUCCAAUGUAGAUGUUGCAGAGGUAUAUAAUGAAAAUUCACAACAAAUGAACAUACAGGACCAACCCGAAAAUAUGGAGGAUGAAUCCCAAUCUCAGACACUUUCACAAACUGCUCCUACAAUGUUAUCUACAAAGCGGACGUUAAUUGCAACCCCCAAUUCAAUUAAAAAAAUGAAGAAAGAUAAUGUUACUACACUUUUUAAAGAAAUAAGUAUUGAGAAACGUGAGGAAAGAGCUAAAGCAAGAACGGAAGAGAGAAAAAAUUUGGUACAGCAAUUAAAUCUUACACAAAAUGAUCCACUAUUUCACUUUUUUUUGGCGAUGUACCAAUCUACUAAAAAAAUGCCACCCUCAUAUCAACACAUGGUUAAAAAUGGUUUGUUCAACGAAGUUUCACAAGCGCAGGCCAUGUUAAUGGGUAUUGGUUCUGCUGUCUACCAGCAGCCCAGCCCUGAUCAGCAGCAGCUCUACUACCAGAAUUUACAUUCUCCUCCUGCAGCCACUCCAUCCAGCAGCAGAGCAUCAUCAACUAGUUUCCAUUCGGAACAGUCACUCUUAAGCACCCCUGAAAUCUAUCCGGAGAAAAACGAUUACUCCACAAGUAGCAGUCGAGACGAGCUGAUUAAUUUGAUCACUUCUUUUCCAGAUAAAUAAUCUGAUAAAAAAAUUUAAUAAAAUAAAGUUACCUUAGAAAUACACUUAGUUUCUCUUCCGUCCCGAUGGGCCUUGUAGCGUUAC